UGCACAGAUAGUAAGCUAAAGGAUAAUGCAAACAUAAACUAAUAUAAAGAACUCGGAGUGCAAGCAAAGGGGUAUAUAGUACUGAGAAGUUUGUCUAUCUGGAUAGAGUCUUUUUUGUUGGGCUUGUAUACCUGAAAAUAUGGUGCGGCCGUUACUGCGAGGACACACGACUUAGGUAAUGUAAGCUAACAAGCGUUAGCAACAGCCUGCUAAUUUUCAACGUUCCGCAAGGCCGCGGAGAAAUACGAGAGCUGCUUCCUGUUCGAGCUUCAUUGAGGAUGUAGGUUACAUUUAGAUCCGCGUAGCACAACUACAGCCGUCAUCCAAGUAGCCGGUUCAGUGGUGUAAUCGAUUGCUUUUACAUUUCUUUUUAUUGAGCUUGUGGGCAACAUAGGUUGUUAGCUAUUUGGCUAGCUAGCUAGCAUGAGUGAACUGACGGAUCGCAAACAGUCCGCUGACUCUGCAUCGAGGAAACGGUGUCCAUCACCCGAUGCGGAUGAAGGCAGCACGAUCCCCAUCAAGUCCACAAAAGUAAGCGACGCAUUAAGUGAAGUGGGGAUUUCUUCGGAAAGUUGCAGAAACAGUGAAGCUGAGAGUAAAGAAGCAGCUGGGAGCGAGGGCCAGUCAAAAGACAGCGUGGUACAAGCAGCUGCUGCGCAGGCUUCAGGCAGCACGGAUGGCACAAGUACAAAGCCUGUCAACAACUCUAGUGUGGAUGGUGACGAUGCUAGGAACACUGAAAAGCCACAGUCCUCAGACUCACAGGGAUCAGCUGACUGUGCAAAGAAGGUUGCACGACCAGAUCCGCUUCUUUCAACUCCUCUAGACCAGACCGACUCAGCAGCCAUAGCAGCUGCUGAAGCACUUGCCAGUCUCACAGGAGGAGAUGGGGAAGACAGCAGAGAAACUCCUUGUUCCUCUGAAAAAGCUAAACAGGUGAAACAGGGGAGCAAACUCAAACAACGUGGGGGCCACCAGUCCUCUAAGGUGAGCUCUAAAACACAGGCAGCUGCAGCAGAUAGCUCCACAUCGGUGCACAGCACUGACAGAGAAGAUGCUGAUGAAAUGCCAGAUGCAGAUGAAGGUGAUGAAUCCAUAUCUGGAUCUUCCUCUACACCAAGCUCCUCUUUCCCAUCAGACAAUGAGGACAAUGAUGAUGGGGAGUGUGCCAUCGUCUCAGUUAAGAUGGCCCCAGAGAUGAGACAGUCAGUGGCUCUCCUGGCGCAGGUACAGAUGAGACUGGAAGCUCUCGAGAAGAAAAGCGCCCGGCUCCACCAACGGCUGGAGCUGAAGAUAAGCCGUCUGCGGCGCCCGCAUCUCGACCAGCGCAGCUCCAUCACAAAGACUAUCCCUUGCUUUUGGGUGACCGCUCUGUUGAACCACCCUCAUCUCUCAGCUCACAUUGAUGAAACUGAUGAGGAUGCUCUUAGUUAUAUGACUGACCUUGAGAUCGAGACUUUUAAGAAUAACAAACUGGGCUACCGGAUCCGCUUCCACUUUAGACGGAAUCCGUACUUCCAAAACAACAUCAUCAUGAAGGAGCUGCACCUCGGGAUGGGAGAUGCGCAUGUUUCAGGAUCUCCCAUGUCGUUCUCCAACCCCAUCCUGUGGCACCGUGGACACAACCUGACGGCCCACAGCGAACCCAGGAAGUUGUCACGCGGGGUUUACCAGACCUUUUUCAGCUGGUUCAGUGACCAUAGCAACCCAGGACAAGACGAUGUAGCACAGAUACUAAAGGAUGAUCUGUACAGAGACCCUCUGAGAUACUACCUCACUCCGCUUUGGGAACCGAGGGAGAAUGGCAGUAAUGCCAGCGGGGCCAGCGGGGCCAGAGCGGCUGAUAAUAGUAAUGGGGAUGACUGCGUGGUAAUCUCCGACUCCGAUGAUGAGCCUGGUGAGGAGACUGGUGAGGCUGAACAAGGCCACAGUAGGGAGGAGGAAGAAGAAGAGGAUGAGGAAGAAGAAGAAGAAGGAGAGGAGGAGGAGGAAGGGGGGGAUGAGGAGGAGGAGGAAGACAAGGGGCCAAGCGCAGAUGAGAGCCCAGAGGAAGAGGAUGACGGUGGAGAAAUUGUGAUUGACGGCUCUGAUGACAGUGAACAGGAGGAAGAGGCCUAAUGAGAAGUCAAGAAGGCAAGUCAUCAAGGGACCAGAGACCGGGAAGAUGAGAAGGAUGUUGAGUUUGAUGAAGAGUGCCAGAGCAAACAAUGACUCCUUCUUCCUGAUGUUGGUCAUUUUUAUGCACAGAAUAUCAGUUUUCUUUUUGUUGUUUUUAUACCUAAAAUACAUAGAAGCAUUUUAAAUCAGGGUUAACUGCAACAAUAAAGCCAAGGCAUCAUGUUUCCCCUCUAUUUUAUACAGUCAGUACUGUGUAUUCUGAUGUACACAUACUGCACUUUUUGCAAAAAUGUUUUUUUCUAGAACAGUUCAUACAAAUGUUCUUCUAUUUAAUGAGGGCCAUCGUAUGACAGCCUACACACGCGCGCACAAACACACACAUACACACACACACACAGAGUAAGACUUUGACCGCCACUACUCGUUGGCAUUAAAUUUUACAUUUCAAAUUCUUCAGACAAUACCGAAACGUUCCGAGGCAUUAUCAGUGGUCAUUUCAAGACAAAGUUUUGGCUGUUUGUAGAAUCAAUGUGUGACACUUUAAACACGUCACAAAGUAUAAAAAAUAAUGUAACGACAGUACAUUUCAGAUGCACUGAGUACUGAACCAAAAUUUGUUCUCAGGGAUGAUCAUGGUGGCAGUUUUACUGAAAGAACCUUACUGAUUUUGAGACAUUUACACACUCUGGUUAUUGUUGGCUGUGAAUAAGGAAACGUGUACUCUACUGUAGUAAAUAGGAAGAAUAUUGUUUUAAUAUGCUAUCUGUGUUUUUCCCUCUUCUUCUACAUGUUCAGUCUUGUUACACACCAGCCUCCAACCCUGUUAACGAUCUGUAAACCCAUCUCUGAUGUUUCCAAUCAUUGCGUAGUUUGGCCAAUGUUUCUGUGGAUUCCCACAUUUUUAUAACACGCUCCUACUAUAUAUGUAGCUGGAUUUUUGUAUUUUCUUUUCUAUAGACUUUAACUUAAUUUGAAUUUGCUUUCUAAAUCUUUCAAGGUUUUGUUUUCAUGUAAUGUGUUAAAAGUUUUGUGUUAUCUUCUUUCUUUUUUUUGGAAAAGAUGGUAUUUAUUACAUUGUUUUCUACACGUCCACAAUAUGGCAUGCCUGUGAGCAUGAGAUGUACGACAGGAUAAUUACAUAAUUUACAAGGCUGUGUAGAGGAAAUGAUUUGCUGUGCACAGUGUCAGUAAAUGUCGUUAAAUUCACAGCAGCAUUAUGGGGUGCACUGUAACAAAACUAGUAUGUGUAUUUGCUUACUUUUCCUAGCAAUGACCUGUAAAUAAUAUUUCUGCAUUGUCUUUUGGAUAAGGCAGUACACGUGUUUAAUCCAUUGAUAAAUUUACUGAAUAAUCGAGUUUUUUCAUAAACAUGAUCAGAAAGUUAUAUUUUGUGUGCUGUGUUUUAUAGAACACUGUAGUUUAAGGAUACUUGUUUGUUGCUUUGAUUAAUUUUGUUUGCUUAAAGAUAAAUGUUCACCUUUUGACUCAGACCUAAUAAAAAUAGGCAGUUGUUUCAA